GUUGUCCUUAAAAAAAGACAACACAAAGCAAGCCAGCAGUGCUGACGACUCGCGAACCAGUCGUGUGCUAAAAGUAGUCCUGGGGACGUGUGAAUGUGCUGAUUGUCGUUGCCGUCGCGCAGGGAGUAGGUAGCGGAGAAGAAAAUUAGAGCAGCAGCCGAAUUUCCAUCAAGGAGCAAAUGUCAAAACAAAAAUAAAGGACUAGUAGCAGGGAACGCGAAUGAAAACAAUAUGUCGUCACCGGACAUGGAAUCGGUUAUCCAGCAGCAGGCCCACUAUACCGUUGGAUACAAUCACUCCGACUGGCAGCCAAUUACGCUUACCCUCGUCGAAUAUCCCAAAGGGGAUCUGUUAGGAAAGUUGUUGGCCUGGAUUAGCUUAGCACCGUUAGGCAUAGGAGCGGGAUUCGUAGCGCUGAUACUGUUCCGACGGGAUUUGCAUACCAUUGUGUUUUUCAUCGGGACACUGUUCAACGAAUGUGUGAAUAUGGCGCUUAAGCACUGGAUACAGGAACCGAGACCUAUGACACGGUCGCAGAUCUGGACCGAAUACGGGAUGCCUUCUAGUCAUUCACAGUUUAUGUGCUUUUUCACGCAGUAUGUACUGCUGUUUGUUUUGAUAAGACUGCACCACAUGAACAACAAUAACGCCCGAAUGGAGCGGCUGGUACGAUUACUGGUUCUAUUCGUGUGUUCGGUGGCCACUUGCCUGGUCUGCUAUGGCAGGAUCUACCUGCAGUAUCACUCCCUGAGCCAGGUGAUGGUGGGAGCUGUCGUGGGGCUCAUCGUCGGCUCGUUGUGGUUCAGCUUGACGCACUGGUUUUUGACGCCCCUCUUCCCGAUGGUGGUCUCGUGGAAGGUAUCGGAGCUGUUCCUCUUGCGGGACACCACUCUGAUUCCGAACAUAUUGUGGUUCGAGUACACCGUUACGAGACAGGAGGCUCGGGCCCGAGCCCGCAAGCUCGUGAGCAUGAAAUCUCAGUGACGUUUCUGGUCACCCUGAUCCGAUGGCUUCGGUGCGUCCCGGCGAUACGUUAAAUAACAGUGCUUGUAAAUUACAAACUGAAACUAAAACCACCAUCAUCCGAACAGCAGAAACAGCAGCCCAUCACGUAGCAUCAAGUCGGCGGAAAAGUGGAUAUUUGUAAUAUGUAGGUAUUGUUUGAAUGUGUAUAUUAUCGUAUUGAUUUCGACAAUAUUUUUACACAGAACGCCUAGUUUAAUUAGAUUUAUAUUUAUUCAUUUGCUGCUUUCGAAAAUUUAAUUCAGUUGAUAUAAAAGUUGACUUUGCACCAA